AUGGCGGGUGACGAUGAGGAAGAUGAGCCCGAAAUCCCCCUGAGCCCUCAGCCACUCCCCCUGGCAGAGCUGCAGCUCAAGGAGAAAGCAGUACCCAUGCCCGAAGCCAGUGCCUUCUUCAUCUUCAGCCCAACCAACAAGAUCCGAGUGCUGUGCCACCGAAUCGUCAACGCCACCUGGUUCACCAACUUCAUCCUGCUCUUUAUCCCGCUCAGCAGCGUCUCCCUGGCGGCCGAGGAUCCCAUCCGGCCUGUGUCCUUCAGGAACAAGGUUCUGGGAUAUUUUGACAUCGGCUUCACCUCCGUGUUCACAGUUGAAAUAGUCCUGAAGGUGAGUCACACCCCAUCUUUCUGGAGCCAGUGCAUAAUGGGGUGAUGCCAACGGUGAGGGGAGCCGCUGAUCGGGGCAGAGCAGAGGCAGGCGUCAGCAGUGGCUGCAGUGAAUGGGGAAUCUUUGAUUGAGGCUGCUGCUGCACACAGACAGCACUGGGGGUUCGCUGGCCAGCCUGUGCCACUUACUGUCACCACUAGGGCGGCCUCCUCCGUACAGCGAGUCAGAACAUUUGCCUCAAACGUUUUUCGUUAGUUUCUCCAAAACUGAAAUUUGUCAUGAAAUUGUGUUGAUUCUGACA